AUGUCUGUUCCAUUGACUUUAAGUACACCUAUUUUAUAUAUUGUUUCAAACUUAGGUUCAAAGUGCUAUUCGAAUGUCGACAGAAACUACUAUGACCAAAAGAUACUCAUGCGUAUAAACAACACUUUCUCUGCUGGUUUGCCUAUUGUUCAUUCGAAUGCAGAGUUUUCAGCUUUAGUAAACUCAAACACUUUAGCAAACAUAAACUUAACCUUAGUUGACGCAAACUUUGUUCCUGUAAAACUUUUAUGUCCUAUGUAUUUGUCAAUGACGGCAGAAAGUUUCGAAUUGGAAGAUGCAACUGGUGAAAGUAUUGUACUACAAGAACAACUUCAACAACAAAUAGCUCAAGAACAACAAAUGCAACAAAUGGAACAAAUGCAACAACAAGUCAAGAACAACAAAUAA